GCAUCCCGCGGAGCUGGAGGAUUGCGGCCGCCGUGUGGGGGCCGCAGCCGUGACCGGGAGUCGUCCUGGAGGCAGCCCUCCGUGUCUGUGUGCGGCGAAGGAGUCGAGCUCAAGAAGUAAAUCCUGCCCCGCAAGGAUCUGCAGCUCCCGGUUGAAACACCCGGUUGAGAAGCUCGGCUUGGCCCCAUUUCUGUUAAGUUUGAUUCCCUUAAAGGACCGAAGGAGAAACUGCCUGUUCACCCGCUGAACAGUGGAGACUCUUUGUAGAAACUAAGUUCUGAGACUCCCCAGUACAAUGACUCAAGCGGAAAUUAAACUGUGUUCUUUGUUGCUACAAGAGCAUUUUGGAGAGAUCGUAGAAAAAGUUGGAGUUCACUUAAUCAGAACUGGCAGCCAGCCACUUAGAGUAAUUGCCCAUGACACGGGAACAUCACUGGAUCAGGUGAGAAAAGCCCUUUGUGUCCUCAUCCAGCAUAACCUGGUGAUAUAUCAAGUGCAUAAACGUGGUGUGGUGGAGUAUGAAGCUCAGUGCAGCCGGGUGUUGCGAAUGCUUAGAUAUCCCCGGUACAUCUAUACUACCAAAACACUAUACAGCGACACUGGAGAGCUGAUUGUUGAGGAGCUGCUGUUGAAUGGCAAAAUGACAAUGUCAGCUGUUGUGAAGAAAGUAGCAGACCGACUCACAGAAACCAUGGAGGAUGGCAAGACCAUGGACUAUGCUGAGGUAUCAAACACAUUUGUGCGACUAGCAGAUACACACUUUGUACAGCGCUGUCCCUUAGUGCCUACCAUUGAGAAUUCAGAUCUUGGACCACCACCACCUGCCCCAACCCUUGUUGUUAAUGAAAAGGACAUGUACCUGGUUCCUAAAUUGAGCUUGAUAGGAAAGGGUAAAAGGAGGAGAUCAUCUGACGAAGAUGCUGCUGGGGAACCCAAAGCCAAGAGACCAAAACAUACCACAGAUAACAAAGAGCCCAUUCCAGAUGAUGGGAUUUAUUGGCAGGCCAACCUUGAGAGGUUCCACCAGCACUUCCGUGACCAAGCCAUUGUGAGCGCAGUUGCCAACAGGAUGGACCAGACAAGCAGUGAGAUUGUGCGGACCAUGCUCCGGAUGAGUGAGAUUACCACUCCCUCUAGUGCCCCCUUCACCCAACCCUUGUCUUCCAAUGAGAUCUUCAGAUCCCUGCCGGUUGGCUAUAACAUCUCUAAGCAAGUUCUUGAUCAGUAUCUCACUCUGCUGGCAGAUGAUCCUCUAGAGUUUGUUGGAAAGUCUGGCGACAGUGGUGGAGGAAUGUAUGUCAUCAACCUCCAUAAGGCAUUAGCAUCUCUAGCCACAGCCACUCUGGAAUCUGUCGUACAGGAGAGAUUCGGAUCUCGCUGUGCCAGAAUAUUCCGUCUAGUUUUGCAAAAGAAACACCUGGAGCAGAAGCAGGUGGAGGACUUUGCAAUGAUUCCUGCAAAGGAGGCAAAGGAUAUGCUAUAUAAGAUGCUCUCAGAAAAUUUCAUAUCACUCCAGGAAAUUCCCAAAACACCAGACCAUGCCCCAUCUAGGACCUUCUAUUUAUAUACUGUGAAUGUCCUAUCAGCUGCCCGGAUGUUGUUGCACAGGUGCUACAAGAGCAUAGCCAACUUAAUAGAAAGGAGGCAAUUUGAAACCAAAGAGAACAAGCGUCUACUAGAAAAGUCUCAGAGGGUAGAAGCCAUCAUUGCAUCUAUGCAGGCCACAGGUGCAGAGGAGGCACAGCUACAAGAAAUAGAAGAGAUGAUCACAGCUCCUGAACGUCAGCAGCUGGAGACCCUGAAACGGAAUGUCAACAAGUUGGACGCCAGUGAGAUCCAGGUAGAUGAAACAAUCUUCUUGCUGGAGUCAUACAUCGAGAGCACCAUGAAGAGACAAUGACUCAGAAGAAGCAUCUUCCUCAAAAGAUCUGGGGGGAUGGAAAGAAAAAUAAAGGAGGUGGUGCCUGGAUGCAUUCUUUUAAGUGGAA